AUGACCAGCCUGUCGUUCGUACUGCUAUUUGCUGUUGCCCACGCUCUCGUGUGCCAGGCGUCACCGGCCAAGAAGAUUCUGCAAUUCACUGACGAGGAGGGUCUGAGUGAGGAUCUGAAAUUGGAAAAACCAGAAGAGCAGGAGGAGAAGGAGGGGCCGAGUGAAUUGAAGCCAGGUGAUGUGGAGCUGGACACUGGGUUGAUUGAAGGGGCUCUGGCUCCUGCAGCCAGUAAACCCGUCAUAAUAAUAAUCAAGGUUUGA